AUUGGUGCUUGCUUUUUAUUACUUUGGAUUAUCAUUUCAAUCUGUCGAUCUUAGUGAUGACAGAUUUACGGCAUACAUGCUAUCUGCAUUUGUUGAAUUGCCUGGAGGAUUACUGGUAGUUCCUCUUAUGCUCUAUAUGGGACGAAGAAAUAUAUGUAUGAGUACUAUGAUAAUGCAAGGCAUUGCUAUAAUUAUCGCUCCACUUUCCCGAGGUAUGGUUUCACAACAUGCAGAAAAGGAACUAGCCUCAAUGGUUUUUAGUUGCAUUUGUAUUACUAGGAAAGUUGAUCAACAGCUGUAUUGCAUUGCCAUUCAAAAAAAAUAUUUCAGUAUUACGUAUGAAGUACACCCCAUAUAUAUCUCAGAAAUGGCUCCCACAUCAGUCAGAUCUUUGUUCCAUUCGAUCAUAAACAUUCCGCAGAGUUUGGGAAUCAUCAUAGCACCAUAUCUUCGUUACAUGGAUUUCGGGCCAAAUUACACAAAGUACUUAAUUGUUGGUAUCCUAUGCGUUAUUUCUGGAGCAUCAUGCAUCUUCUUACCAGAAACAAAAGGCCGUCCGUUGCCACCUGAUAUCAAAGCUGCUUCUGAACAUUGCUUUGCAUAUUCGAAAGACAAGGAAAACCUUAUGAGGCAAGUUCUUAUUCUAUCAUGUUUUUAUUUGCACCAUAAUUGUGUCUUCGCUUCAAUUAUGAUGAUAUCAAGUGCUAAAUUUAGCAAAAAUCAGUCUCAAGACACAGCCAUCGUAAGUGAAGAAAAAUUGGAAUCUGUUGAAUAAUU